GUAAACAACACCGGCAUAAUUCAAUUCAUGUGUGCCGCUCGAUCUUCUUCGACGAGACAGGAAUCAACGUCGUUCCUGGGGCCGGGGAUUUCUGACAUUUUAACAUUUUAACAGAGCCAACGUAGUUCAGCGGCGGAACAGCCAAAUACAGAGACUGAAGUUGGAUACCGUAGUCCGUACAAAGGCGGUACCGGUACUUCCACCAGAGGAUCUGAGAUACCGGUACUAUUUUUACUAAGUAUGAUCGAUGAACAGUGGUACAGUACAGGCACUCAACUCAAGCCUACAGCAUCGUGGACUCAGUUCAAAGUAAAGUAAUCUUCGACAAGAUUUGAAUUCGAGUUCGUCCGACAUCGCGACAUGGACAUGAUGAAAAUCAAGAAUUUGUUGAUUAUGUGGGGCUGCUUGAUAUGCUGUAUGUCCCCUUGUAUGUCUCAAGCUUGCAUUGAUGACGAGUUGAACAAUGAACUGCAAUGUCGAUAUGACUGUUCGGAUGAAGUGAGUACUGACAGAUGCUCACAAUUCGAUGCAACGACCCAUCCGUCAAUAGAUGGGUACUGCUGUCCAGGCUAUUUCCUAAUAAAUGUCACCGAAUCUACGUACAUAUGCCAGAGAUGCAGGGACAAUACAUUCAUGCCUGACAUCAACAAGUGCUGUGGAUGUAUUAUUUGCAUGGAGUGUGAUUUGACAGUGGGUGACUCCGUAAUUGUCGAUUAUUGUCGUAGUAAAAUCAAGAACAGACUGUGUAUGAUAGAACAGGACCCCACAACCCCUGCAAAUGCUGCAUGUCCUUUCAUUAUGACGUCAACAGGGAACCCGCCAACGACCAAAGAGGUUAACACUGUACAAGUAACUUCAGCAUCAGAUGUUCCAGUACUGGUGAAGGAGAGUAAAUCUGAAAGGAAACCAUAUGAAGUAGGAUUCUAUAUAGUGCUGGCCUUCUUACUUGUUGUUCUGAUUCCGGUUUUAUUUAUUUGUUUCUUUGUCUGCUACGCACAUAAAACAGCUCCAACGGUUGAAGGAAGAAAAGAUAGAGACCAUGAUGCAGCUCCAGCUAAUGUAGGAAGAAACAAUAGGUACCAUGAUGCAGCUCCAGCUAAUGUAGGAAGAAACAAUAGAGACCAUGAUGCAGCUCCAGCUAAUGUAGGAAGAAACAAUAGAGACCAUGAUGCAGCUCCAGCUAAUGUAGGAAGAAACAAUAGAGACCAUGAUGCAGCUCCAGCUAAUGUAGGAAGACACGAUGGAGUCACCGUUGUAGAUACAACUAAUAAAGGAAGAAAGGAUGGAGUCCCUGGUGCAGCUCCAGCUAAUGAAGGAAGAAACGAUAUGUCAUGGAAAGAGAUUGCACAAUUGAUCGCAAAAAAGUUGGUGAGGACUGCAACUGAUGAAAGGGGAUAUCACCCUGUAAAUAUAAAUGAAAUGCAGGUGAAUCCAAAUAGGAUGAGGAAUAACGAGAAUACCAGGAUUGAAGAGGUUGAUGAAGAUGUUUGAGUGAUAAAGACAUCAUACUAUUUUGACGAUCAAAUAGUCAUCUGAACCAAGAGCAAGAGUUUGAAUUUAUAUUGAUUGCUGGAAGGCAGUUACAAGAUUGGCGGCCAUUAUCAAGGAUUCUAUCCGUCAUAAUGGUAAUCUGAACAGGUGAUUGGUCUAAACCCCGUCAUGUGACCAAAGAUAGUUUCAACCAAUGUCACAAACUUGGGGAAAAUGCUAUGAAUCCUGGCAUUUGACGUCACAAGCCGGUAAUAGUAUACCCGAACCGUACAUAGUUUUAAAAAAAUCUAUGGCUUGUUGGACAGGGCUUAAAUCAAAUGCAUGCAUGUACAGGCAGCACAGUUGCAAUCGUGUUUCAUUAGUUUAGCAAAUUUUAUUAAUCUGUUGUAUUUAACACCAAUUACGGUUAUAAACCAAAUAUGGCCUUCGAUCAGAGGUUUGGUGAAACUGUGGUCCCCUCAGUGACGCGAAUGUGAUCGUUUUUCUUCGGGGUUGCGCUCCUCAGGAAAAUAACCACAUUCCAGGCGUCACUUCGGGAACCAUGGUUCCAACCACCUCUGGAGGCUGUACAUAUUUGUUCAAUAAUAGUGUGAUUAGCUUCACACAAUUAUUGAACAAAUGAGUCAUUUCAUAUAAAAGCUGUUCGUCCGUUACACAGGACUUUAUACAUGGCUUGGCAUGUUGGCCACUGCCCUCACUCAUGUUGCCUUUAGAUAAAUUGUAUGUUUAUAUAUUUGUUGAUUGCUUUUUAUGAGUUAAAAAUGAAUUACGAAAUUGAAAUAUAAAAUUGAAAUUUUCACGCUCAAUGAUAUCGGAACCCCCACCCCCCCCCAUUUUCCCUUUUGUAACCUAAUGGGAAUCAACUUCCCAUCAUGCGAUUCAAAUUUUGACCAAUGCCAAAUAACAAAUAACAGGUAAAAAAAUGAAAUCAAAUGCUUAUUGUUUAAGAAUGUUAAUCUAAAAAGAUUUGAUUUCUUUUUUGCUUCAACCAAUAAGAAUACAAAUAAUUUAAACUUAGAAAUAUGUUUCAGGAUAAGAAUGGAUCACUAGGCAUGCAUAAAGUAGUUAAUAUCUUAAGGCCACGCCCACCGCACACCUUACAACCUGACUGGUCUACGACUGGCUUGCGACUGAGUGAGUAGAGAUGAAUCGUAAGGUAGUCAUAAGCCUUGACACCACACACCUUGCGAUCCGACUACCAUGCUGUCUGCAACUCACGCAUGCACUUUUUGCUUUUUGCCAUAGCAACUGAAAAAAUGGCGCUUACUACAGUGCAUGCAUGCUGUAUACCAUAUACGUGUCAUGCAACUCUGCUGUCUGAUUGGCUGGAAGUUGGAUUGAGCUUGCAAUUCAGUCAUAAGGAUUUGACAUGUCAAAUCCUUACGAUUUUCCUUGUGACUUGUCUCUGACCGGUCUGCGACUCUCAAGCUGACAAGAGCUGUGACGUCACCUCUCCCCUCACUCAUUUGUAGACCAGUCGGGUCGUAAGGGGUGAGGUGGCCUUUACAAACGACUUUAUGAAACAUCACCCUAGUUCUUUAGCUAUGAUAUGUAUUUUUUUAAAUCUUCAUAUUACCUUUCUUAAGAAUGCUCAUAUCAUAUGUAUCCUCUGAUUCCCCUCUUUACCUUGCCUUCUGCCAAAACGUGCCUUCACCUUGUAUCACACAUUGCCUUUUUUGAAUUAUGACAUUUUUAUCUAUUUACUUCAAAUUAUAUAUUCUAAAGCCUUAAUGGAAUAUCAUUCAUGACUAUUUAAGAUUUUGAAAAGGGUUGUUAUAAGUGAUGGAAUAUAUUUCUUGCCGAUGAUGUUUUCAAUUGCAAAAUUUGUACUUAGUCAGCAUGGAUCUAAAUCUGAACACUUAAAGAUUGACAUGUAUAUUUUAUUGUAGGACAUGUAUAUUUUGUUGUAUGAAUCUAAGUUUGUGGAUUUUUGUUUUAGUUGCUGCAAUAUCAUCAUUUGAUGCACACCAAUCAUUGAAUGAAAUUCAAAACAUAUUGAGCUUGAUUGCAAUUCAUAAAUUCUACUCAGACUGGAUUAAGUAAUUUUUUAUAACCAUGGCUGAUGCAGAAUUAGCUUGGAGAUUCCUUGCUUUUACAUUAUGACAGUCCAAUAAUCAAUACUUUUUUUUCAUGUGACAUUAAAUUCUUGCUUCUGGCUAUGGUAAAGCCCCUAGCUUCUUUGAAUUGAUUUUGAAUUAAUAAGUCAACUUUUUAUCUCAUCUGAUUUGAAUUAAUAGUGAAUCUCAAACCAUAUCAAAUUUUUUUGAUGUAGUACCCUGUGACUUAGUGCACCUUAAUUGACUUUACAUGCUAAACUUAGUGUGAUUUUUACAAAAAAUGUGCAUGAAUCAUGGAUUCAUUUAAUGUAAGUAGAGUACUCUGACCAAAGAUUUGGCCGUGAUUUGAUAAUGGAUGAGAUAUUGAAUCCAGAUGCAAGUAUAAUUUAAGCAAUACAAAGUUUGGUAGUUGUUUAAGAUUAAGCCUAUGAUUGGGACAUUUCAGCUUUUGUCAGUUGUCAUUUGGUCUUUAUAUCAUCCCCCCCCCCCCACCAAUACUCUGGGACAAACAAACAUCUCUGUGUUUCUGAUUUUGGGGGAAAAAGGGAUAUGAACAUUGACCAUUCUUCAUCUUUAUAUAAAAGAUUAGUGACAUGGGCCUCCAUGUGUUUAGACAUGGUGUGGUGGCGUAGUUUCCUCAAAGAUAUUGCUUCCAAUGAACUACGCCUUUUCCUGUUAAUCAUACUCUUCUUUUUUGUCAAAUAUUCUGUGUAAUUUACACUGAAAGAUAUUUUGUGAAAAUAGAAGGAAAAUAAAUGUUUAUGUGAAUGAAUUGAAUGAAAAAUUUACUGCCAAAUGGUACUGCUGUAUUCACAUUCCUGUUGCCACUUCUUGGUCCUAAUACAUUCUAUGCAACAUGCAAUUUGGACCAAAUAUUGCAAUAUUUAGUAUUGAUACGCAGGUCACAGAUAUAUAUGUACACUUAUAUGUAUACAAACACAAAAGUAUUUAAAUGUGCAGAUAUCUAUGUAGAGUGUUUUAGUAAUGCAUCAAAAAUGCAUAUUUUGGUCUGUCUCAUCUGCGCUUCAUGGAAUAUUGUCCCUAACUCUUGGAAUAUAUCUGGUAUUCCAUUCUGAGCCAUCAGUCUCAUAAAAAUGAAAUAUCCAUUUACAACCAGUACUAUAUGAUGAAUUGUCGGUGAUGUACUUAAAAUUGAAUGAUUGUUGAUAAUGCAAUCAGGUUUUUUUUGUCAAAAAUCAUGAUGUUUAUGAUAAUAUUUAUAUUUCAUUUAAGUGAGUUGUGUGUGGUAUAGACUAUUUUGUAUGCAAUGAAAGAUUAUAAAAGAUACUUGAAAGAA